CCAUGCGACAAUCACUAGUCAAUCAAUAGUUUAAAAACAGCUCGCGUUAUCCAGCUAGAUUAAUGCCAUAUACUGACCAGCUAGCCAUCUACUGUACUUAACUCAAAAGGAUUUCACACUAGGUAGCUGGCACAUCGUAGUAUUAGUCCAACACUCGAUGCUAACAUAUAUCAUGAUAGUCUGCUCUACGAGCGAUUGAUCUAUCAUGUGGGAUAAUGUGGGUAGCUGAGCUUGCCACUACCAGCUAGCUUUCUGCAACACCCUGGUAGCUAAAUCGUUACGACUACUUACCAACAAUGUCCUUUUAUCAACUUUUGCUUCUGUCUUUCUUCAGCCGCAUCCAUAACCACCCCCCUGGAUAGGCCUGGUGGCCAUGGCGAAAGAUCCGUUGGCAGAAGCUGGCCUUCAUUUCGAUGAACUUAAUAAGCUGAGGGUCCUUGAGCCGGAGGUGGCCCAAGAGACCACUGAGCUCAAGGAGGAGUGCAAAGAGUUUGUCGACAAAAUCGGCCAGUUUCAGAAGAUAGUGGGAGGCCUUAUUGAACUGGUAGAUGAAUUGGCAAAAGAGGCAGAAACGGAAAAAAUGAAAGCUAUUGGAGCAAGGAACCUGUUAAAAUCAGUGGCAAAGCAGAGGGAAGCCCAGCAACAGCAACUGCAGGCCCUGAUAGCAGAGAAGAAGAUGCAACUUGAGAGGUACCGAAUUGAGUAUGAAGCGCUUUCCAAAGUUGAGGCGGAACAGACAGAGUUCAUCGACCAGUUUAUUCUUCAGAAAUGACGCUUUAAGAAAGGCCUAGAAUCUGUGUAUGUUUGCAUUUCUGACCGUGUUUCCAGAGUGCCUGUCCAAUGUUUUCUUUGAGUUUAAUCUGCUAAAGGGGAAUGGCUCAAAUGAAGAUAAUGACUUAUCUGUCCUCAAAGCAAUUACAAUGGCUCCACUAAAACCACAAAAGUUUACCCAGACACUUAUUAGCAUAGAUAAUAAUAAAUGAUAUCCUCAAGUUAAUUCCAUUUCACACAGGCACACAGUGACAACCUACCACCUCAUUUUGGUGAUGACAAGUAAAUGGGGAAAAAUAUUUAUAUACAAAGCAAUUUAUUUAUACUAUUUAUACUGAAUAAUUAGUCUGUAUAGCUAGUUUUAUUAACUUUUCUACCAAUGGAAAAAGUACAGUAUUUGCAUGAUACUGUUAAUAAUUUCAAGAUCACUUUAAAUGUCAAAUAUUGUCAUUACGUGCUUGUCCUUUUACAUUUGCAGAUGUGUGUUCGAUUCAUAUUGCAUUCCAUUUUGGUAAAAUGUCUGUGGGAACACAUCAAAACCUAUCCCUUUUCAAGUGGCUUAAUUGUUUUGGAGGUAAAUAAUUAACCAAACCAUAAACAUGUAUUUUUAUUGAUCAUCUUUUGUUCUGUUGACAGUACAUUUGUUCAGCUAUCAUACCACCAAAUGCUUUAAUUAUAAUGUAAAAUGUUCUCAUGUUAUAGAUGGUAACAAGGUUAGAAGACAAACUUUGUCAAAGAUGAAGUAUACUUGAAUAAAAAGGAUUAGCACAUA